AUGGAUAAAUCAGAAGAAUUUGAAAAUAUAAAUAAUUCAGACAGUACAAUUACUUCGGAUUUUAAAUCUGCUACUAAUAAUGGUAAAAAGAGAAAAUAUCAUCAAAAAUCACGUAAUGGAUGUUCAACUUGUAAAAAAAGAAGGGUCAAAUGUGAUGAACAAAAACCAAAAUGUGGAAAUUGUAUUAAAUUAAAACUAGAAUGUGGUUAUUUAAAUCCAGAAGAUGAAAAUAAUAAUGAACCAAAAACUAAAAAAUCUAAAAAGAAACUACUGCUAAGUAACGAAUCAAAUAUCAGUGACCCCGAAUUAUCAGGUUCAAUAACUCAACAAGCUACUCCAUCAUUAACACCUAGUCCAAGUGAACAAAAAACAAAUUUCAAUUCAAUUGCAUCUGGUUUAUUAAAUGCUGGUAAUUUGAAUAAUUUAAAUUUGGCUCAUUUAGUUAAUAAUUUAUCAAAUAUUGGUGAUUUAAGUAAUUUAGUUAAUCUUGGAAAUUUGGCUAGUUUAUCAAAUCUUGCAUCAUUAGCUCAAAUGCCAAUUGAUUUAAGUGAUCAUGUAGGGAAUUUUACAAAUAAAAAUGAUAUACCAAAAACUACACCUGAUAUUAGUCCUAAUAAUUCAUCAAAUGUAGAUAAUUCAAAAUUACCAGAAUCAAAUUUAAAUAUGUUAGAUUUAAAAUUGAUGUUUCAUUAUACUUCUGUUGUUGCAAAUACAAUAACGGGUGCAGGAAUAUCUGAUACAAAUAUAUGGAAUCAUGAUAUUCCUUUAUUAGCAUUUGAACAUCCAUUUUUAAUGCACUCAUUAUUAGCUUUUAGUGCAACUCAUUUAUCAAGAACUGAAAAAGGUUUAGAUCAAUGUGUGACUUGUCAUCGUGGUGAUGCAUUAAGAUUAUUAAGAGAAGCUGUUUUAAACAUAACUAGUGAUAAUACUGAUGCUUUAGUUGCAAGUGCUUUAAUAUUAAUAAUGGAUUCAUUAGCAAAUGCAUCAUUUCCUUCAAGUACAUCACCAAAAUCAUUACCUGCAUCAGCAUGGAUUUUUCAUGUUAAAGGUGCAGCUACAAUUUUAACCGCAGUUUGGCCAUUAACCGAAGCUUCAAGAUUUUAUAAAUUUAUUUCAGUUGAUUUAGGUGAUCUUGGAGAUAUAAUAAAUAAUAAAGUUUAUAAUACAACACCGACAAAUGAAGAAACUUCAAAAAUGUUUACUGAUUUAGAAUGCCAUGAUGCAGAAAUUGCAGAUUUGUUCCCAGUUGAAAUGAAUUCACCAUAUUUAAUUACAUUAGCAUAUUUAAAUAAAUUACAUAAAGAACGAUAUAAAAGUGAUUUUAUACUAAGAAUAUUUGCAUUUCCUGCUUUAUUAGAUAAAAAUUUUAUGUCCUUGCUAAUGUCUGGUGAUAUAAAAGCAAUGAGAAUAAUGAGAUCUUAUUAUAAAUUAUUAAGACUGUUUACAAUGGAAAUGAAAGAUAAAGUAUGGUUUCUAGAAGGUGUUUCACAAGUUUUACCACAAAAUGUAGAAGAAUAUGCUGGUGGAGCUGGUGGUAUGCAUAUGAUGAUGGAUUUUCUUGGUGGUGGUCCAGCAAUAAUUGAUGAUGAUGAUGAUGAUGUUGAUGAUUUAACUAAUAAUAAUAGUAAUACAAAUAACGAAAAUAAUACAACUAAUGAACAUAAUGAUAUUGAUGAAGAAGAAUUGAAUAAAUUUGAUACGAGUAAAUUAAUAGAUACAAAUAAUUUACCAAGUGAUAUCACAAUAGAUAUAAUGGGUGAUGGAUUUAUAAAUAUAAAAUAA